CUAUCGAUCGAUCUCUAGCUACAGUAUUACCUUCCAAAACAUAGACAGGCCAUGCUGAAAACUGUCUUUGCAAACCAGUAAAAUAAUCCCAGCUUCCUUAUUUCCUGACUAAAUAGAUUAUUUAUUAUUUUCUUCAAAUAAUCCUGCAUUCAUUUGCAGUACUUGCUAGUCUAAUUUCUGUUUCACUGUCCGAGAAAGGCAGGCAGACUUAUGGUUAAGAUGGUGCGCCAGUUUGGCCAGGGUUUUGGAUUUUUCACCAUGGUUAAAUUGCAUUUCCUGGAUCAGAUAUAAACCAUUAAAAAAAUGGCAUGUCCAUUAAAUCUAUUUUCUUAUUUCUAAAGAAAAUUUUCCAAUGAUGAACUUUUCUUGUACUCUGCUUGAUUGAAUUUUAAUGAUCUGAACUGCAUUAAGAGUUUAAUCCUAAUCCUAAUAGUGUAAAUUCAUAGUGUAGGAAGAGUAGAUGUGAUAUCAAAUGCACAUUCAUCUACAACAGCUGUUAAAAUAAAAUAUUUAACCACUUGUUCAUUAUAAUUAACCAAGUAACUCAUACAGUAAAGCUAAAUUAGAUUUUUUUUUCCUCCCAACAGCAUUGUUCUGAAGUGUUUUAUUCCACUUCUAAUACAACACUUUUCCACCACUAACAGUUUUAGUAACUAAAGAAUGAUUUCAUGUUGUGUAACAUCCAGAAUAGAUGCAGUCAUCAUUCUCUCUCUCUCUCUCUCUCUCUCUCUCUCUCUCUCUCUCUCUUUCACACACAUUUAUGUGGCAAACAUCUUACCACUUUUCUUACAAAACAUAAGACUGGAGACUCCUUUCAAAAAUUUUACAUAAAGACCUCCUUACAGAAAAAUACCAGUACAUGCACAAUGGCACUUAUCGCACCAGUUUAGUAUAAAAACAAUAAUGCAUACAGUUGUUCGCCCUGGUCUCUGAGCUGCUGUUAAAGAACCAACUCACAAUAUCUAAAGCAAUCGUUUAAACUUCAGUGGUUUCUUUUUCAUUUACGUCCUCAGCCAUGACCCUGGAACAUAAGUAGCUUAUACAUAGCUGCUUGGCCUUCCUAACACACUUGCUUAGCAUUCGCUGUGUGUCGGACACCUAAUCACUGUUUUAGCAGCUACGAUCGCAGGCAACCUCGAGAGUGUUACCGAGCUUUUGAUUAGCAGAGUAUCAUUGUCCAGAAUGCAACUCUUUAGCACGUAAAGGAUUAGCUGUGUUUGGUAAUGGGUGUGUUUCUAGCAAGGUUCACACACUGUGGUUUUAAGGAGUUGGUGUCUAUCCAAGAAAGACAUAAUGGAACCAUACUGGGUUUAAAAUUACUGGUUUGUGUUCCAUCACCUUGGCAACACCGGUGUAAAUCAGAAUCUCAACCAUGAAAGUGAAGAUGGUCUCUAAAUUGGUAGUUAGUAAGUGGACCAGAAAACCACAAAUAGACUUUAGAAAUGUGGUGUAAGAGGCGAAGAAGAAAAUAAGAGGAAGCAUGGAGAUGAAAAAGAAUGCCACCAGAGUGCGAAUGCGUGCCUGGACCCCUGCCUCGGGAUACUCUUCACCCCCCAGCCCAGUCAGCUCGCAAUUUAGCUGGGAUGAAGGCAAAGAUGAGGACUUUCAGAAUCAAAUGGAUGAGAAUGGCAUUAUUGGCCUAAGUGAGACACAAGGGGAGCAAGAAGACGAGGUUGAAUUAAAGGAUGAAGAGGAAAUAAUUUCAGAUGUGGAAACUCCAGAACCUGAAGAAGGGCCACCUUGUGCACUGGAAGAUCUGAACUGUCACCUGAGUGAGCUGCUGGACUCAGAGCCUCUCUCCCUACUCGUAGGAGAUGACUGUCUCUCGCCCACACACAAUGAUGUUAAUGAUAGUGUUUCUCUGGAGGACUGGUCUUUCAAUGAUGAUGAUAAUGAACAGAAGAUUGAAGAGGGAAAUCAAGAGAACAUCCACAGACCUGCCCAACAUUCAAGCCCAGUCAGAGAUCUGGAUUCGGGAACUUCAAAUGAUGAGAUUAAGGAGAUUAAGAUGCACAGAGUUGAGUCAUAUCAACGUCAAUGGAAUACUGACCCCCAGUAUAACUGUAUGAACAGCCAUGUUUUCAGGAGUAAUGAAGAAAUGGAUAAUAAGUCUGAUAAAGCGAAAAUAGAAAUGCCAACAUUUUCCCAGAACAGUUAUCUUCCCAGACAGGUGUCUUCCUCAUCCUUCUUCAAACGCACUCCUCAGGCGCAUAUCCAUCCCCUUCUUCCUGAACUGAGUUUACAGGAUGAGGAGAGAAACUCUAGAAUUGAAGCUGAAACAUUUGCAGAGCGAAGUGGGUCUAACAGCAGACUCAGCCAAAGCCCUAAAAUUUACCAGCCAGAUGAGGAGCCUGCUUCUGCACUGAAUAUCUCUAAAUCCGAAAAAAGUUUACCUGAAUUAGGGAAGGAUACAGCUAAACCUCUUCAGAGUCACUAUGAGCGAUCUGUUUCCACUCCUCGAGAUAUACAUUCUACCCCACUGAAGGAUUACACAGCUUCCAGUUUUUUAAAGCCUGCAGCCAAAGACUCCACAAAUAGGCACAGGAGACACCACAGCCCCUCAAAAACAUCUCACACUGACCCGAAUGACGUGAGGAAGGGCCAGCUGAGUCACCCAUUACCAGAUUUUUCCAAAGUAGAGCCCAAAGUUCGUUUCCCCAAAAGCAGCUACAAGCCUCCGAAAAGUCGGAAGCCUGGUCACAAAAACGACUCAAAAUCGAAAGUUCCUGUAGUGUUCAAAACUCCUGCUGACAUUGUAAGGGAGGCUCUGUUGAGUAAUUCUGAAGCGCCCUCGGAUACCACAGUCCCCAUCAACUCCCAGACACCCUUGAACACUACAAUGCCUGAGGAGUUGCGGUGCCCUCUGCAGGCCAGCACUAUGGUGCAACAGCUUCAGGAGGAUUACAAUCGGCUUCUGACCAAGUAUGCAGAGGCUGAGAAUACUAUUGACAGGCUACGUUUGGAAGCUAAGGUUUUCCUGCACUCAGAUCCUCCUAAACCCAGCCAACCUGCUUCUUCAGGUGUUCUGAAGGAGAGCUCAAAAGUUAUGACCUUGAGUUUUCCCCAAGCUCAAAGGGCAGUGCUGGUUACAGAUGCUGUCCAACCGACUCAGCAAAAUCUCAACUCAGCUACCAGAGGGACGCCCCCUCAGCCGUCCUCCGUGGACUCUUUUCCUUCCAGCUGGUAUGAAUCUUCUGCUGCAUCUCCACUAACUGAGCCACUCUCCGAACAGAUGGCGAGAUUUCAGCUACAGGUUAAUGAGUUUGAGAAGAUACUAAAGAGUGGAAGACUUAAACCUUAUGAGCAGACCCAGGGGUUGUCUCAGCUGGCACAGGGUCAGGAAUCAAUAGAAAAGGCUUAUCUUGCUGCUCGAGAAAAGCAUCAACAACUGCAGAGGCAAACAGGAGAGAAGUCAGGACCCUUUGAUCCUGACAGGGAACUUGAAAGUCUGAUAUUUCAGUCGGGAAUACAACUGGAGGAACUGAAGGAGUGGAUAGAUCAGUCUGAACAUAUUCAGCGCAUAGCACCUACGCCGAGUGACCCCCUCAUGUCCUUCAGCCUGUGUGUUAAUUAAAAAGAAAGAUCCAGAGCCUGAGAUCCCUCCAUCUGCAGCUCAUGCAGACGUCAUGGUCGGCUUGGGGGUGAGUUCUGUCAGUGGAGAGAGUGAUCGAAUCAGGGACACGAUCGAAGAGGACAUACUUCCAUCUGUCCUCCGUCCCCUGCACCACAAACAUCGACGCGUGGAGAAAGACAUUAGCAACCUGAUGGACCACAUUCAGAACUUCAGAGAUUUAUCCAAGCUGUUGGACCGAGACCUAGCAGAGCCGGACCAUAAUUCCUGGAGUUAAAAGAUCAUUCUUCUUACCCUGCCAGUACUGAUAGGUCAGAACCUGAACAGCCAUGGAGAAAUAAAGACAAGCAGGACUCAGACAAACCUC